AUGGAAAACAUCGCAGACGCCAUAUUUGAUAAGGAAGCUCUGAUUCACCAACAUGAGACUGCUGCCAACCAGGCUCGUUUAGCAGCCAAUUUCUUCACUUCUUACAUGUCGAUAGCAGAUCCUGUUUCGCGCCCCGGUGCGCCCUCCGUACCGCUGCAAGGCCUCCGAUCAAUACGACUCCGACAGCUAAAUGUAGGGCGUAGCCAUCGCGGCCGGGUUCUUUUCGGCACCCUCUGCGUAGACCCCUUCAAACGUGUUGGCGUCAUGACUGUGCUCCAAGACGACCAAGGCCUUGCCAUUAGAGUGGCCGUCUACAAUGUACCUGCGUCAGAGUCCACCCCUGCGGCUCUCGACGCAAAAUAUCCCAAGGGAGCCAAGGUCGCGAUUAGGGAGCCCUACAUUAAGCAAGCCGCAGAUGGAGGCCUCGCUAUUAGAAUAGACGACCCUGCAAACCUGGUGAGAGUGACGGGAGAAGCAUCACUGGACAAGGAGCCGCCGAUAGACGUGUUGGAUUUGGAGGAGGAGCGCCGCAAGGGCAACGAGUGCUUCCGGAAGCAAGACUGGCGAGGCGCCCUCACCCAUUAUACUAACUGCAUUCAAGCACCAAAUAAUGGCGAACCGCGAACCGGCGAAACAGACGCGGUUGCUCGCUUAUUCCAACAGAGCGGAGACAGUCUCGAGAUCGAUCCUGGGCAUCUGAAAACUCUCUACCGAAAGGGCCGCGCUCUGCACGGCCUCAAAGACUAUGCCCAGGCAUAUCAAGUUCUUCAAGCUGCGCUUGAGCUUAGCCCCGGGCAAGCAGAUAUUGAUGCUGCUUUGCGCCAGUCAAGGGCUUCUUGUGCUCGGAACCGCCUGGGGGAGUACGACAUUUCAGGCUUCUUGCUGGGAAUUCAACCGCCUGGGAAGGUUGGAGACUUCAUUGGUGAUGUGGAAAUCAAGAAGACCAGGGACGGCAGGGGUUGCGGGCUCUACGCUACGAAAAAAAUUAGCACCGGCGAGCUAUUUUUAGUGAGCAAUGCCGUCGCCAUUGAUGACCAUGGAAUCAGGCCUUUCAAAUAUGAUGAGAGACACAAAAUACAAGCCUCGUCUCCGCAGGAGGAUCUUGUAGCCGCUGUCAUCGGUGCUGCCAAAACAUCUCAGAAGCUGCUACAGCAGCUUUAUGUACUAGAUGAGGGUUCUGAACAUGUCCGCGCUUCGACGCCGGCCAUGGACUUGUUUGAUGCAAACAGCCAAGAAACAACGGGAAUGCAGCUGCUACAGAUUGACGAGCAGCGCAUCCGAGACAUCGUUUCCCGAAACUCCUUGGGCGGAGAGGCAGAGAUGUCGGCUUCAAGUCUGGGUUUUAGCGGGCUGUGGAUGGUGCCAUCGUUUAUCAAUCAUUCUUGCAUCCCGAAUGCAACCAGACUUAAUGUAGAAAGAGCAAUGUUUUUGCAUGCGACAAAGCCAAUUGAGAAGGGAGAAGAAAUCACCAUUUCAUACUUCGUUGCCCUGCUCCCACUCCCACAGCGAGAAGCCAUGUGUGAAGCCUGGGGUUUCAAGUGCAACUGCAAGCGUUGUGCUCUGGAGAAGCCUCUGAAGCCUGCCUUUAAGAGCUUGAAUGAACAGUUUGAGGCAUUACACAACAUUGCGCUUGAGGAAACCAACUCUGCAAGGUCAUCAGGAGAAGAGUUUCCCACAGAGCUUCCCAAGUCUGCAGAAUUUGCCCGGGUUUACGAAAAGAUGGAGAAAAAAAAAUCUAAAUAUCGGAGAAUGAAACUAGAAGAAACACAUUGGAUUCGGGCUUCUUAUGUGACUGCUUAUUGGGCUGGAACGCAGUCGGAUGAGUUCUUCCGCAAGACUCUUGAGGACCCCAUUCCUACCGGUGAUAAAAUCCUGGAGGCUGUUGUAAACACCAUUCCAGGCGACUUGUGA